GGAAAUUCAAGAGAACACUACGGAGUACUACUACACUACUACUAUCCUCAUCCAUCGCUCGUGGGGUAAGCUGCCCUGUCGUUCGCAGCCCCCGAUCGAUACUUCACCAGCGACCGGAUCACUCCAUCCUUUAUCGUCCAGCUUCCGAUUGUACCUUGCAUCGAUCGAAUCUUCCUCCUUCGAAAUGUUGGAUGCCUUCGAGAUCCUCACCACCUCUGGCGUCGUCCUGUGGUCGCGAUCCACCUCCGCCAUCGGAGCCUCAGCCGUGAAUAGCUUAAUCAACGAUGUCUUCAUUGAGGAAAGGGUUCGAACGAGUCAACCUGCCUCAAGUAAUCCCACAUACAAGUAUGAAAAGUAUACGCUGAAAUACACUCUGGUCAAAGAUCUUGGUCUUAUUUUCGUUGCUGUCUAUCAAUCCUUGUUACAUCUCACAUGGGUCGACAAGCUCCUUGACGAUAUCAAGACGAUCUUUGUCGAGGUUUACAGAGGUCAGCUAGAAGAAGUCGACUCACAAGCCUUGAAAUACCCUUUCGACAAAUACUUUGAUGAGGAGUUGCGCAGACUUGACCAGUCUAUUGGGGAGCCCCUGGAACAUGUCCCCAGAGUCCAAGUUUCGGACGAGAAGAAGUCCAAUGCAGAAGUAGGGGACAAUGGCGGUCCUCCACCCCCAAACCAACCUCAACUAUUUCAGGCGCAGCCACGAGCUGUGCCCACUACCAACGGUGACUCUCUUCAAAACUCCCCAGUCCAGUCGCCGGACACGUCUCGUCCGACCACACCAUUGCCAGGAAUCGCCAGUCAUUUGCUGACGGAAAAGGCGCGGCCUGGAAGUCGAGGCUCACGGCGAGCGAGAAAAGCGGCUCAUAUCACAUCCGCAAAUGCAUCGUCAGGUGAUGAAGCACGAAGACCAGUCACGCCCAAAUCAAAGUCAAAGAAAGGCCGGGUUUGGGGACCUGAUGGUGUUGCUGAUGAAGCUGAUGAAGACACGAAUCUCGACUAUUCCGCUGUCGAUUCCGAUGCUGGAGACUCGGGCUUCAGAUCUCCGCCACCAGAAGUCAUUCGCCCAGAGUCAUGGGGAGUCAAGAACAAACAAGGCCAAUUCGUGCUCAAGGAUCUGGACGACGAAGUCUCAAAAAUCCUAAAAUCUGCCGAAUCUGACAAGACUGACGUCAACAACACUGAUUCCUCCAGGUUUGGUGUCAUCUCUGGAUACUUUAGGAAUAUUGUCGGAGGGAAAACCAUCACCAAGCAAGAUUUGGAGGGCCCGUUGAAAUCCAUGGAAGAACACCUGAUCAACAAAAAUGUUGCGCGAGAUGCUGCCAUCAGAAUGUGUCAAGGGGUUGAGGUUGAAAUGCUCGGGAAAAAGACUGGUGCCUUUGAAUCGCUGGACGCAGCUCUGAAACCUGCGCUUGAAAACUCACUGAGGAAGAUCCUAACCCCCCGGUCCUCGCUCGAUCUCCUUCAGCAAAUUGAGUCAGUGGCGAAUCCGUCAGCGUCAAGAGCGCAGCCACGACCGUUUGUCAUCACCAUCCUCGGUGUCAACGGCGUGGGAAAGUCUACCAACCUGUCCAAACUCUGCUAUUUUCUCUUGCAGAAUAAUUACCGAGUCCUCAUUGCAGCAGGUGACACCUUCAGAUCCGGAGCUGUAGAACAGCUCAAUGUUCACGUGCGCAAUCUCAAAGAGCUUACAGAAAGAGAACACCUUGGGGCUGUCAACAUCUAUGAGCGAGGCUAUGGCAAAGAUGCGGCCAACGUGGCCAAGGACGCAGUCUCCUUUGCCGCUGCAAAUGACUACCAAGUUGUUCUCAUUGAUACGGCCGGGCGAGCCCAUACCAACACUCAACUCAUGGCCUCGCUCGAAAAGCUCGUCGAUUUGGCGAAGCCUGACCUCAUUUUACAGGUGGCGGAAGCACUGGUCGGAAACGACUCCGUCGGACAGGCACAAAACUUCACCAAAGCUCUAGGCAAGAACCGUAAGCUUGACGGUUUCAUUGUGUCAAAGAUUGACACGGUUGGAUCAGGAAUUGGCACAAUGAUCAGUUUGGUCCACGCCACUUCCGUGCCCGUUCAAUUUAUUGGGGUUGGCCAACAUUAUGGCGAUCUACGCCAGUUGUCAGUGCCAUGGGCCGUGAACAUGUUGAUGAGCUAAAGCUGUGGUAUGCUCUAUAGUAGCUUGUAAUGGCGGAGAGGGCACAGCCUGGCUAUGUGAUGUUAUAGAGGAAUGCAAGUCAUCGUACCGAUCUUUUCGGAAUCAGACGAGACCAUGUUGAUGCCUAGGGAUGACACUAUACAUGUUUAUGAGUCAAUGAUUGAUGAUGCCUUUGUCGCAUUUCCC